ACAUGGAGUGACUGCAGCAGAAGACACUGUAAACUGUGUCUGUCUGUCAACUGAUACGGGGAAGGAGUUAAUGAGUACUACCACUAUUUUAUUGGUCACCCCACCACUACUUAUAGUCCAAGUACUAUGCAACUUGUAGAUUGUGAAGUACAGACAGAAGAAGUGGAGUUGUUACUGAGGGAGAGUGGUGGCGAGGGCUACACCACCAGACGGGCGUGGGAUAAGAGGUUUAACUCUCUAGUGCACUACCAUCCACCACCAAAGGAAGCCUCAAUGAGAAAAGGAGUCAAGAAAUGUAUAUAUUUACUUGUAUUUUUGACUUUCCUGGGUGGUGCGGGGAUUGUCUUAAUUGGAUAUUAUUGCCCUGAGUCAAUGUGUUCAGUGAGAUCGUUCUCCUCGGUGAAGAAAUACAAGUAUAAUUAUAUCAGAGAUGGUAUUAACCAGUUCCACCUCCAGACUGAUGUUUUAGGUAAGCCACUGGGUGAAGCGGCAAGGUCUGGCACUGGACCGUCUUUUGAAGAUGUCAUAAGCCGCGAUUUUCAAUUUGACAUCGAGGAUCAUGACGUGAUUGUUUUUCUUCAUAUCCAAAAAACUGGUGGAACAACCUUUGGUAAACAUCUUGUAAGUGAUCUAGAUUUAGCAAGACGCUGUGAGUGUCAUAGAAGAGUGAAAAAAAGAUGUACUUGUCUGCGACCCGGCCCAAAUUCUGAUGAGAUGUGGCUCUUUUCACGCCACUCAACAGGAUGGAAAUGUGGUCUUCAUGCUGAUUGGACAGAACUAACGAGCUGUGUUGAUGACAUGAUGGAUAAGAUUGAAGAUCAUGAGAUAAAACGGAGGUAUUUUUAUAUAACAUUCCUGAGGAAUCCUGUUCAUCGAUACUUGAGUGAGUUCCGUCAUGUGCGCCGAGGUGCCACUUGGAAAAAUACAAAACUUCUGUGCCAGGGGAGACAUGCUACCAAGGAAGAAGUACCCAUGUGUUAUGAAACUAAAACAUGGGAGAAUGUUACCUUAGAGGAAUUUAUGGAAUGUGACAGCAACCUGGCUAUCAAUAGGCAGACCCGCAUGCUGGCUGAUUUGUCUCUGGUUGGUUGCUACAAUAAGUCAAUGAUGCAGCCAGAGGAGCGAGAGAAAGCAAUGCUUCUUUCAGCCAAGAACAAUUUAAAGAAGAUGGCAUUCUUUGGCUUAACAGAGUUCCAAGAAAUCAGUCAAUAUUUGUUUGAAGAGACAUUCAAUCUGAAGUUUAGAGUUCGCUUUGAUCAGCACAAUCAAACCAUAUCUGAUAUGGCGCUGCAGGACAUUGAUUUAGCAACUCGUAGGCGUGUAGAAGAGAUAAAUAGCAUAGACAUUCAGCUGUAUGAGUAUGCUAAAAUGCUGCUUCAACAACGAUUCAAGAAAUUAUCCUCACAAGACCUGAGCUUUAAGGAACACUUCGAGAAUAUGGGUAUGAGUAAAUUUUCAUGGUCAGAGAUUGACCAAGAGCAAUGAGAAAUUUUUAUAGGGUCUGUGAUUUCAUAGUUCUUUACUUUUUAUCAGUAAAGUUUAAGUUGAUGUUCAGGUGUGUCUUCUAGUUUAUAUUUUGUUUAUAACUUUUAUAUUAUUUGUGAUGUGUCUGGAACUGUUUUUUACCUGUAGUCUAAUUAUUAUUUAGCUAAGAAAAUUAUUCAGUACAGUACUGUGCAGUAUAAGCUUUGUAAAAAAAAUAUUACAGAUUUAAAUGUAGUUAACUCUACAUUUAUAUUAACCAUACAUGGAUUUAUUUGUGCACAUUAAUGCAAAAAACACAUUUAGAUUCAUGUUCUUUUACAUAUAAAUGUGCACUCCUAAUCCCACAAUAAAUGAACAGGAAUUAUAUUCAAGUGGUACAGCUUUUAGUUAUUCACAAUAGAAAGAAAUGUAAAUAAUAUGGCAGUGCAAUGCACGUAUAAUACCCUGUACAGUACUUGAAACAAAAUCAUGUACAGUUUGUUGAAAAAUGGUAUUACUGUUUAACUCUUUAGGUGCGUAAUUAAAUUUCGCGCCGGUUC